AUGGGUGGGGGAGAUUCUGUAGAUAACCCACUUAAGCGCCCUGGCAAUUCUCAGGAGCUAGAAACGAAAUUCGCCUACUCGACAUUUGUGAUAAAUACAGAUGAGGCAUUUAUCUGCCAAUAUCGGCUAACUUUUCUGCUAUUCCAUGAGGAGAGCCAGACAGUAUUUAUGCCAAUCCAUUCAUUCUUCUGCAAACCUAAUUGCGGGUCGCAGCACGUGUGUUGCUGCAGCCAGAGACUAAGAGGUGAUCGUGGGGAGUGCGACAUCAAAUGUAAGUUCCACAGACUCGGCCGGCUUCGUUCACAUUCACAACACCUGUUUCGGAGUCUGCCCUACCGUCGUUCUGUCUGUUGGAAACGCUUCUGGAAAGAGGCCGCUUUUUAA